AUGAGCUCGCCCUGCCAUGACCAUGACUCCUUGGCUAUUGCGGGUCAUCAACCGGAAAUCAUGCAGGAACAUUGCCAGCAUGGUGACCCAGCAGCACCUAAGAGAAAGAGACGGAAAACCACGAGCCACCCGGAGGAGCCUCAGCGUCUCCGUGCCUGCCUUGCGGGCAUUACGCUGGCAGGCCUGUGGCCCAAGCUGACGUGCCUUCCUGCUCGGAUGGCUUCAGAUGAGGAGCUGGUUCUCUGCCAUUCCAGGGAGCACCUGGAAGGCCUCAAGGCAGCAUCCCUGGCCGCUGCACGCCUGAGGCGCCCCUUGUGGCUGCCGCCUGGCGGCUGUCUCGACGGCAUUGGCGAGGAGGCGUUGACGAGCAAGGAGAUUGAUGGUCGCGACACCUACAUCACGGAGGGAUCCCUCGAGGCCGCACGCUUUGCUUCAGGUGCCCUGCUGUCGCUGGUGGACGAAUGCCUCGGUGGCGGCAGUUUGCUGGGCCUCGCCUUUUGCCGGCCUCCGGGGCAUCAUGCCGGGCUGAGCAGUAGCACCGGCUUCUGCCUCCUGAACAACGUGGCUUUGGCGGCGCAGUAUGCAAGAGCUAGGUAUCCUGAUCUCGUGAAGCGCGUCUUGAUUUUCGACUGGGAUGUCCAUCAUGGACAAGGGACGCAGGAGAUCUUCUGGUCAGACCCUGAUGUUCUGUUCGUGAGCGUUCAUCAGUUCGAGCCGGGUUUCUAUCCCAACUCCGGCACAGCAUUGGAAACUGGGGGUGGCAAAGGCAAGGGCUACACCGUGAACGUUGCGAUGCCUCCGGGCUACGGAGAUGCCUGCUUGUGGCUGGCCUGUGCAAAAGUACUCCUUCCUGCUGCCCGGACUUUCCGGCCAGAUUUGGUGCUUGUCAGUGCAGGCUUCGAUGCUGUGGCAGGAGAUCCAUUGGGUGAUGCGACUUGUACUCCCAACAUCUUUGGCCAGAUCACCCGGGAACUUAAGCAUUUAGCCCAAGACCUUUGCCACGGCCGCCUCCUCUUUGGCCUUGAAGGGGGCUAUGCGUCAGCCGGGCUCGCGAUGUGUGUGGGGAACGUGGCCCAAGCACUUCUGGAACCGCAGAAACAGAGAGGGACCGACGAGCCGUUUGCAGUUAAGCCAGACCUCAGCCCGAAGCAGAACUCCCUGCUCGCGAUCUAUGCCACGCGCUUGGCACACCAGAAGUUACCACUCCGUCUGCUGGAAGGCUCCUGCUGUGCUUUGGUACCCUUUGGCACUCGAGCAUCCGGCAUGUGUCCGGAGCCGCGAGAAGACGAGCGAGCUGAAAAGCCAGCGAGUGCGAGUUGA